AUGACACCGGCAUCGGACACAUUCUUCUCCAUACCAGAGCUGGUCGACGUCCUCGCACCCUACCUCACCCCACAGGACCUCCCUGCUCUCCUACGGACAAACCGCAACAACUACGCCGCCUUCACGCCCUACUUCUGGACCGAUGUGACCAUCAACACCUCCAGUGCGAUUGUCCGCCUUAUGGACUCUCCAGAAGCAUGCGGUGCCCUAUACCGGAAUAUCGGAUUCAUUCGCCACCUCAGGACCAAGGCCGACUUUCUCCUGUAUUAUAUCGAAGGACUUUACGCCUACAUGGAUUCGCGGCCAGAUGUUAUUUUGCCUCACCCGAAUUACCUCCGCCGUCCUGCCUCCACUUGGGGUCGCUCGUGUUCAGUCUUUCCAUUUCCUCCAAUCACCCAGCUGGUUCGACUCGACGUCUCGACAGCGACAGCCAUUGACGAGCGUUCGUUGCAGGGUGUGACGACGACAACGCUUGACCUUGGUCUGUCCAUGUGCUGGUUCAUCAGUCUUAACCGUGGCCUGACACAUCUCACUCUGCGGGAUGAGCCACUUAACGGACACCACCUGGGUCGCGUGUUUGCCAGGACAGUCUCUAGGCUGUCUUGCCUUCGACACCUGCGGUUCAGUUGCGGUCUUAUGAAGGACAUGGCCGUCCCUACCUUCCAGAUGAUCUUGCUCACCUGCCCGCCUACCCUGGAGUUACUUGAAGGGCAAAAUUACGUCGGCGGCUUUAACGAAUACGACAGCGACAACCUCGACCUUUACAACUCUAUGGAGCUGGACGAGGAGGGACCUCUGGAGGUACGGCAGGAGCCCCUCUAUCGCGUGACACGACUAAAAGUCCCUUGGAACAUGAGGGGAUAUGAGCACGACCAACUUGUCCGGAUGAUGAAGAUCUGUCCUAACGUUGAGGCGUGGGACGUGCCUCUGACUCGCGGGGGGCGAGGCUUUGGAAAUGUGGCUGGAGCUAUCAAAGACCUGUGGCCUCGUCUUCAGGAGUUGACUUGCAAGGUGAUCCAUUUCGACUGUCAUGGACAUGGUGUCUUGCCGGUUUUGGAGGGCAUAGAGAUGAAUCGACUGCGGGUGUGGGCGAUGGGUGAUUACUCAGAUUCGUGGCCGACACGGACUCUGGACGCUAUACAACGACAUUCGGAGACUCUACGGGAGAUUAGGUUUCCGUGGACAUACUCCUUCAAGAGCUCGACGAUCCAGGGGAUCUUGACAGGUUGUCGGGCGUUGGAGCAUCUGGAGAUUGGCGCAGCUGAUCCUUUCCGGAUCAAGUUGUGGUUGGAGGACAUGGAUCCGGAGGUGCCAUGGGUCAGCACGCGACUGCGGUUCUUGAAGAUUGUGGUUGACUGGAACGACAAGCGGGACAAGCCCCGCCUGCCUCCAAAGCCUACCCCUACUGUACAUAUGAGCAUUAACGUACGAAACGAAAGGAUGAGUGCUAUCCUGGCGUCCCGGAUGAGACUGGGGAAGCCAGCCAGCGCAAAACCGACAGUCGAGGUCGAUGUGUUUGAGGCAAACAGGCGGCGCUGGGCUCGACUGCAGUGGUUUUACAAGCAAUUGGGUACGCUGACUGAGCUCGAGGUGCUGGAUCUCAGAGCGACAUCGGGAUUUGCAGAGGAGGAACCAACAAAGGUGCUGAGACCCUAUGCCGAAUUCACCUUUCCACGGCUACUGUGUCUUUCCGACGACGAUGCGACGAUGGCGGAGAUGGUGCAGGAAGGAGGACGACAACAACAAGGCAAGAUCGGAUAUCUGCGUGAGCUGAGCCAGUUGAGGAAAUUGAGGGAGCUUCGAGGGUCCUUCCGGAUCGAUCGACCUGCUGUGAAGGCAUACAUGGGCAUGAAAGAGGUUGAGUUUAUGCAUACGCAUUGGCCUGAGCUGAGAGUUGCCGAGUUUCUGCCAGAGGGUUAUGAGGCUUUGGAGGAUGGAAGAAUUCCCUCUCAUAUGCAGUGGUUGAUCGAGCAGCGACCAUUUACGAAACUAUCCAAGACUGGACCUGACACUCCACAAUACUUUCCCCGCAUAUAA